UGCGUCAAUUUGGGUUUCAACCACGUACUCAGUCUCAGAGCGGAGCUACUCAGAAGAGCCAAAACAGGAAGGGGGUUGCAAAUCAGUGUGCAAAGGGGAGGACCGAAGGUUCCCCUCCCCCCUCUCCUCCAGUCCCGUCGCAGCCUCCUCCUCCACUGUCCCCACUGCUCGUGUCUCCGGGUUUUGGGUGGUUUUUGUUGUUGUUUCUUUUUUUCCUCUCUAUGUAAUUUUUUUUUUUUAACUGCGCUGGCAAAGACUGCUACCCGGGCGCCGUGAGAGCGCAGAGCCAGGGGACAGCAGGGCAGCGAGCUCAGCGCCCCGGGCGGGUCGCUUGGCAUCCGGGGAGGCGGCUCCUGCAUCCCGGACAGCGGCGCCAGCACCGCGGACAGCGGCUCCAGCACCGCGGACAGCGGCUCCAGCCCCGCGGACAUCACUCGCCACGAACAUGGCUCCGAUAGCGGACAGCCGCCAGCAGUUCGAUGAAAUUCCUACUGUGGUUGGAAUCUUUAGUGCAUUUGGCCUUGUCUUCUCUGUCUCCCUCUUUGCUUGGAUCUGCUGCCAGCGCAAAUCUUCCAAGUCCAAUAAGACCCCUCCAUACAAGUUUGUCCAUGUUCUGAAGGGGGUUGAUAUCUACCCGGAGAAUCUCAACAGCAAGAAGAAGUUUGGAGCAGAUGAUAAAAGUGAAGCAAAGAACAAAUCAGCAAUGCCAAAGAACUCUCUCCAUCUUGACCUGGAGAAAAGAGAUCUAAAUGGCAAUUUCCCCAAAACAACCACAAAAAUGCAGGGCUCUCCAGAUCUUGAAAAUUCAUCUCCUAAGCAUUUUGCAGAAAGGAAGAAAGAUUCAGUAUCUCCUGAUAGCUUAAAAUCCAUCACUUCUCUAUCAUCUGAAGAUAAACAAGACAAGCUAGGAACUCUAUUUUUCUCCCUAGAGUACAACUUUGAGAAGAAAGCAUUUGUAGUGAACAUCAAAGAAGCUCGUGGGCUGCCAGCAAUGGAUGAACAGUCAAUGACUUCUGAUCCCUACAUCAAAAUGACAAUCCUGCCUGAGAAAAAGCACAAGGUGAAAACCAGAGUGUUGAGAAAAACCUUAGAUCCAGCUUUUGAUGAGACUUUCACAUUUUAUGGGAUCCCCUACAGCCAAAUUCAAGACUUAACACUUCACUUCAUGAUCUUGAGCUUUGACAGAUUUUCCAGAGAUGAUGUCAUUGGAGAAGUCCUCAUCCCCCUUGCUGGAAUUGAACUCUCGGAAGGAAGGCUGCUAAUGGACAGAGAGAUCAUCAAAAGAAAUGUUAGGAAAUCAUCUGGUCGUGGAGAAUUACUGGUCUCUCUCUGUUAUCAAUCUACAACAAACACACUCACUGUCGUUGUUCUAAAAGCCAGGCAUCUACCUAAAUCUGAUGUGUCAGGAUUAUCAGACCCUUAUGUCAAAGUGAACCUGUACCAUGCCAAGAAGAGAAUUUCUAAAAAGAAAACCCAUGUGAAGAAGUGCACUCCCAAUGCAGUGUUCAAUGAAUUGUUUGUCUUUGACAUUCCUUGUGAGGGCCUUGAUGAUAUCAGCAUUGAAUUUCUGGUUUUAGAUUCAGAUAGGGGGUCAAGGAAUGAGGUCAUUGGCCGGUUAACCUUGGGAUCUUCAGCAGAAGGAACAGGUGGAGAGCACUGGAAAGAAAUUUGUGAAUAUCCAAGGAGACAAAUUGCCAAGUGGCAUAUGUUAUGUGAUGGUUAGCAGGUUAGAGAGGAGUUGGAUAUUAAAAAACUAUAUAUAUUUCCAUAGGCAAGGAGCAGGUUUUUUUCUUUGCUAUGUAUAAUUACAAGCUUUUAACCACAAAACUUUUUUUUCUUCUUUUUUUUUUUUCAAGGGGGGAGGGAUGUUUGAAAUAAACUUGAAUUGAAUUAUCAGAACAGAAGGUGACUUAAUUUUCACAGUAAAUAAUGGAAUUUUUAUUUCAUCAAUCUUUAACAUAAUUAGUUCAGAUUAAUAUUCUUCUAGAGUUUAAGUGGCCUGUAAAUUCUGAAGCACUGUAAACCUCAAGAAGAACAAACUAUGUUUUGAAAGAGUCACUUAUUAGUGACUCAUAUAUAGAAGAAAAAACCUUACUACAAUAUAUCCAAAAAAACCCCACCUGUGGCUUAUUAGGCAAGGGGAUGGAUCUAUAAAAGCCAUGGGGAUUGAGGGUGAGUAGGGGGGGAGAAAUUCCUUCUGCCCCUCCACCAAAAACUUUCUUUUAUGAAAAUUUAAUCAUUUUUUGUAAGUUUUGGUUACUUAUACUUUGAUCAUCCCAAAGAAUUAACAUGUAUUCAAUAUUUUGCUUUACAUAUCACAUUGUGUAAAACUAUUUUUUUUAAGUGUUGAAAUAUUAUAUAAUUGAUUAUGCUUGGACUUUUUUAGUAAGUUUAUAUAUAUAAUUUUUUUAUCACAGUGACCAAAAUAGAUACGUACUUCAAACUAAUGAUAAGUUCACAUGCUUUUUUUUGUUAAAAGGGCUCCUUUACGGGUGACUGUACACGUUACAGUAUGGUAGAAUUUGGGGUUAGAUAUGGCUUGCAUUUUUUUCCUCUAGGUAGGAUUACACUUUAAACAUUUCAAGCCAUAUAAAAGAAUUUCUGUUGAGAUGAGGUAACAUACAGGAUAUUACAAUCAAUUACUUUUCACCAAUUAUAUUUUAAUGUUUCAUUAGUGCUAAAAAGAAGUUGAUGUUGGUUUUUUUUUUUUAUUUUUUUAGCUUCAUUAAAGAAUAAACAAAUAGUGAGACAAAGAAGAAAACCUUAUUCUGCUGUUUAGUGUUUAACCUCCUAGACUGUAAAGAAGCCAUUACAGUCAGUACCAAUAUACAAACUCCAGCGCAUUUUUUAAAUUUUGCAGGAGAGGAAACCAAAUUCACUUUAUAAUUUCUCCAAUAUUCUAUAGACAAAGUACUUGGAUAGUAAUUUGGUUAUAUGAAUUAAUGCACAUUACUGACUGUACUGAAAAUGGUGGUGGUAAAGGAAAACAGCAUCCUGAUUUAAUGUCAGUGUGACACAUGUCCAUUUAAAAUUAAAUUGUGUCAGGCUGAGGAAAUGUCGUGUAACAGUAACAAGUGUACAAAUAAAGCAUUUAGACCUGUGAAAUUUAGUCUUGGUCAAACCAGAUAGGUAUUUAGGCUGUCAGAACUAUAGCACAACUAUAUCAAAUUAUUUCCUAAAGUUUGUGCACUAACUUCUGAUACAGAAUUGUUUGCAAGUAUUAGUCCUACUUCAUUUUCAAGUACAAUAUAUAUAAAGAAGAAGAUAGUGAUGUUCGUUGUUGACAUAAGAAGGGUUAAAAAAGUGGAAGACCAUUUUCAGUAUUUUUGCAUAUGUCAUUUGUCACGUGUAAUCCCAUUGAAGCGAACAAGACUACUUGGGAAUUGAGGCACUGCUCAUUGUGAGUAAAGGUAGCAAAAUGGGCAUGCCAGUUAGAACAAACCAAACAUACAUUGAAUGUCAAUCUACUUUCAUUAAACAACAGACCUAGGUCCUACUUAAAACUGUUGGGGAUUUGUUGUCUACUUUACCUGUUCUCAUAUGGCCAAAUUAUGUUUGCAGGAAAGGACACUGAAAUAUGAAAUAUGCAAGUAGACAAAUAGUACUGGAAGAAUUCCAUUGAGGCUCUUCCAGGUUUUGUGUCAGUAUUUUCUCCAGUUUUUGAGAAUGUGUUUGAUACAACAGUGUUUAUAGAUUUCUGUAAAAAUACAUUUUCAAAAUAACAUAAACAUGCUUUUUAUGAUAAUGCUAAAUGUAAAAAUAUUGCGUAUUGUAUGUAUAAAGGAGAGGAAUCUUUUUUGAUUAUUUCUUUAGAAUGCUGAUUAACUGCUUAAGGGCUAGAGUUUACCAGCCACAUUCAAGCAGAGCUAAUCCAAAGCCACCAAAUGAAAGAUGUCCACAGGCUUCAGUGGGGUUUGAAAUGCAGAGAGAAAAACUCUCCUGAGUCAACCCAGAAAUAUCACUGGGACCAUGGAUAUGGGGAAACAUUGUUUUAUCCAAUGGAGACUGGGAGAGUUUAGGUCAGUAUGACACAAUCAGAGUUGUAACAAUUUCUGAAAAGGAAAGAACUGAGCUGGAAAUUAUUUAAUCACAGAGAGUGUGGCAUCUUGCAAAUAAAAAAUAUGGAGGUUUUGUAAGCUGGCCCAUAAGUAGUUCCUUAUCUCUAAAAAUCAGAUGACAGGCAUCAUCUGUCUCCAAUGAACACAAUAUAUGACAUUAGGGGAUAACAAUUAAUCUUUUUGAAUUAAUGCUGGGCUGUGAUGAUCAUCUUUCAUUUUGCAUCCAACAAGUCGUCACAAAUUUCUUUUUUUAUUUUUUAGUUUUUAUAGCGGCUUGAGGGUCAAUAUUUCUAAAAUUGCCAAGUGGCAAUUUUUGUUGGGGGUAGGGGAGUUGGAAUUGGAAAGGGAAGCAAAGACAUUUUUAUCAAAUCUAACAAAACCCUGUAAAUAGCAUUUUUUUUCAUUUAAAGCAAUUCUCAGUUUGAAAAGUUGAGUAAAGACGACUUGUAACACAUUUUAAUUCAGAAAGAGGCAGGAGAGCGAAUGUAGGCCUGUACUGAGGUGAGAAAUUCUGCUGUUUUAUAAAGUGUUCAAUUCUCAUUGUGAAUAUCUUGAACUCUGUUAAGGAUACUGUACUGUAUUAAACAUGUAAAAAAAAAUGAUGUUUGUCUAAGUAGCUUACAAAAAUAAUAACUCCUUGAAUGGGAGGCUAUCCAUGUCUGGAGAUCUGUCGUAACUAAAUACCCGAUUCGUUAUGGUGUUGUAACUUAAUAGAAGCUAUUCAAGAGAAAGCAUGGUGUAUGAGACUUUGUAAGUUAUUUGUGCUGGUUCUGUAUGUUGUGCCAUGUGUGUAAGACAAGAAUAAACUUCUGCUUUUGUUCAUCCCAUCCCA